AUGAAUUGUGAGUUUUUCGGGAUUUUAUCAACAUUUUUUUUUUGAUUUGCAGAUUAUCACACAAUUGUCUUCAUUUCUCUUAUUCUCCUUAUUUUCAAAGGUCGGUCCGAACGGGACCGUUUUUUUGCACUUGGAUCUGAGGGAAAUCGUUUGGAUCCAUGGACCGAAGCGACUGAUCCGAUAGGGACCGUCAAGGCCAAAAGAGGAGUCAGGUAUCAUCCGAACUAUACGAUUGAAGUGUUUGCGGGCACUGGAGCCACAUAUCCAAUCGGGACCGGGAUCUGGGAUACUGAUAGUGAGUCCCAAGGGGUUUAGUGGGCACAAUAGAUGGAUUUCAGGUACCACUUCAACCGAUGGGACCAUUAGAAGAGGCGGUCCUGGUAGAUCUACAGGGAACGUAACUGAUCAGCAAGGAUACACAAUCAAUGUGGAAGUACAUAUUCGUGAUCCGGAACCAAGUAAGACCGGUGCCUGAAAAAUUCGGGUUUUCAUUGAAAUUGAAUGCUUUCAGGUACUUCUACAAGUACGGAACCGUCUGGUGGUCCGACGGGACCGGGUCCUGGUCCAGAGGGAACAGGGACCGCUACGACCAUCUCGUCGCCGGCCACCACUUUAAGGGGCUCAACGACGAGGAACUCGAGGACCAGUACCACUUCUGCCGGUCCACGCGGAACACAGGUGAUCAAAGGAGGACCAGUGCCAGGAGGGACCGGUAAUGGUGGUACAGGUAACACGAAUCCAAGUGGUCCAGGUGGCCCAUCCGGAUCUAAUCCAAGUCCGGGCACAAAGCCCAAGUGCAAAGUGGUAUGUGAAGGAGAUCCGGACUGGGACGACACGGCGCCGGGACCGCCACCGAAACCAAAACCGAAACCGACGAAACCGGGAGGGACCACGACGAAAAGUACCAAAACAACAAAGACUGAACGAACCACAACGACGCCGGGAUCCACGAGUACCUCGGGAAGUUCAACGUCGACUUCUGAAUCCACUUCCACGUCAUCGAGCACACGAAUCUGCACGACGAGCACCGGCGGAACGUCUUCGACGAGCGGAACCACUGGAUCGACCACUUGGGACCCGUGCAUCAGCACUUCCACUUCUGAACGCACCACCACCGGGACCGUGACGACGACGGAGGGCUCGACGACGACUUCCGGCACUUCAACCCCCUCUGAUGUGUCCUCGACGACGUCAGGAACGUCUUCAACGACGAUGAGCUCGAGCUCCACGUCGACAGAUUCUUCUUCGUCGACGUCAAUGUCGACGUCGUCGGAGGCGGCGCCAGUGGCCGAGAGAUUGCAGUCGCUGAAGACGUGCAAGCGCAACUACGACGACAUGGAGUGUCCGGGAUUCUGCGACGAGUUGGGCGCCGCGAGCAAGAGCGCCGAGCAGGGAAUCCACGUGGCGCCCCCCGAACCCUAGUGAGAGUUCUUUCCGCCGCAACCGUCGCCACUUUGCAACCCAUCGACACUCUUUUCAGCAACUGGAUAUGGAUCAUCUUCCUCUCCGUUCUUCUCUUCAUCAUCUACACCUGCAACGUGAUCCUAGGCACCAUGAAUGGCGUUCUUGAUUGUAAGUUUCACUCUUCGAAGUCUACAAUACUCUGAUGCGGUUCAGAUGAUCGUCGCAAAGCCAAGAAACGUGCUGAAGCGACGGAAGAGGACCUGGAGGACCGGGACCAGAAUGAAAAGUUGAAGCCGAAGAAGAAGAUCAAGUCGAAAUCGAAAUCUCCGGUACGAAAGCCUGAGAAACCGGUGGAAAAAGCGACCAAGGACCAGAAGACGAAGAAGAAGCCGACGGAGCCGCUGAAAAAGACAAAGACAACGGACGCGAAGGCUAAAAAAGCGAAAAAGAGCUUGGAAAUCCCGGAAAUGCCGAGAGAGUCGAUUAGAUUGACGAAAAAGUCAAAACCUGCAAAAGUAGGGCGCUUUUUUGAAGCAUUUCAGACAAAAAUGACAGUUUUCAGACGGCUGCGGGAAAGAAGAACAAGAAGAUGAACUUGUUGCAUAGAAAACAAGGUCUGGAUAAUAAAGCUUUGUGAUAAGAAACGUUUUGUUGUAAAAGUUUUCUAAAAACGUUAGUUUAAGUCCACCCGCUGCCAUUCCAGUUCCCUAAAUUCCUACGUGAAAAACUAGGGCAGCUUAUAGAAAAGCCAACUCGAAAUUUGGUUAUCAGUGAGCCAUACUGAUUAUUGACAACGGUUUUACCUCUUUUUUUGCUGAAAUCAUGAUAAAAUGCAAGUUUUUCAAUGAUUUUAGGUUCCAGAAUCGAAAUGUGCUUUCAGAUUUACGCACAAUUGUCAUUAUUGUAUACCUGCUUGCUAGCACUGCCGAUCUAUGGGAGGGUGACCGAAAAAUAGAUGGAGAUCGAUCGGGACCAGCUGGAAAAUCGAAAAGAGGAAUCGGGUAUCAUCCGAACUAUACGAUUGAAGUGUUUUCGGGCGCUGGAGUCACCUAUCCGAUCGGGACCGGGAGCUGGGAUACUGAUAGUGAGUCCCAAGGGGUUCAGUGGGCACAUUAGAUGGAUUUCAGGUACCACUUCAACACUUGGGACCAUUGGGAAAGAAGGUCCUGAAAGUCCAACUUCUCGUCCAGGAUACACGAUCGAUGUGGAUGUGCAUAUUCGUGAUCCUAACGGGACUACAACUGUGAUACCUCCAGUUUUGGGGACUGAAAGUGCUUCAACCGAUGGGACCAUUGGAAAAGACGGUCCUGAAAGUUCAAUUUCUCGUCCAGGAUACACGAUCGAUGUGGAUGUACUAAUUCGUGAUCCUAAUGGGACUGCAAAUCCUGGCACCAGUCCUGGGCCCAUUGGCAAUCCGAACUCUCAAGGAUCAAGUGGGACCAGGGGACAAAUGCGACUGUUUACAAAAAAUGAACUUUAGGUACCUCUACAACAGUGAUACCUCCAGUUUUGGGGACUGGAAGUGCUUCAACCGACGGGACCAUUGGGAGAGAAGGUCCUGAAAGUCCAACUUCUGGUCCAGGAUACACGAUCGAUGUGGAUGUGCAUAUUCGUGAUCCCAACGUUCACGGACCGAGUAAGACUUUAAAAAUUGGCCGUUUCUGUAAAAUUGGAUCUUUUCUAGAUACUUCGACUACUUCUGAAAGUCCAGGAUAUACGAUUGAUGUCUCGGUAAACAUUGGUCCUAACGACACACUGCCAACUGCCGGGACUACGGUCCCUGAAGGUUCGGGACCAGGUGACACUGCGAAACCGCCGUUUUUGUUGCCUGGAAGCUCUACAACGCAACCUGGUGGGACCACUAGUAGUUGGAGAGAAAAACGCGUUUCCGUUUUUAGGUACAAGAACUUUAGAAGCCAGGAUCACAACCGGAUCUACUCUGGAAGGUUUCACAACUUUUGGAUCUUCUAAUUUUCAAUCAUUUUCAGGUUCUUCGACGACGUACUGCCCUCCGUGGACCACAACUUCUUCCGCAUUCAGCAGUUCUAGCACCGAUUCAUAUUCUGGUUCGAGUACAGAGUCAACCAGUGGGACCACUCCAAUUGGAUGCAUACCGAUUGUGAAUGCUCCGAUUCCACGUGAACCGCUGGGACCACCGCUCAAUGUGAAUACAACAACCACCAUUCCCAGUUUGAUGACGUCUGGACCUUCUGGACCAUCUACGGUUACGGUGAAUAGGGUGACAAGUGGGACGGCAAAGGAUUUGAGCACUACGGAUAAGAUAUCCAGACGCCCAAGUAUUUCUACAUUGAAAAGUUCACCAACAAUUCGAUCCACUACAACACUGAAGAUGACAAGCAGAUUGGGAGGAUCAACAUUGAAAACAUCAAUAUCAGAUUCAAGUUCUUCUAUUAA